UUUUGAAUUCAUUAACAGUAGAAUGCUUUCCAAUAAACAAUACAGAUAUACCAUUGGAAAUACGUGUACUCCAGCACCGGGAUCUAUUUGGUGGCGAUAUGGCCGGCAUUAAACAAUUAUUGAAUAAAAAUUCAAUAUUUAAUGCCAUAACAAAUGUAGAUCAUUUAUGGUCAAUGGGUAUCAUACCGUUUGUUAUCGAUAAAGAUCUAGAGGAUAAACGUAAUCUAAUUGUCGAUGCUAUGGAUCAAUACCAUCAAUACACUUGUAUUAGGUUUGUCGAGCGUACCAAUCAAUAUGACUAUAUAUAUUUGGCAAAAAUGAGCGGUUGCUAUUCAUAUGUGGGUCGGGUUGGGGGCAAACAACUGGUCUCAUUGAGCAACGGCUGCCAUAAUAUUGCCACAAUUGUCCACGAGUUGGGUCACGCCAUCGGKUUUUAUCACGAACAUCAGCGCACUGACCGCAAUMAAUUYAUAGACAUUUACCCGGAUAACGUAAUGGACGGUUAUAUGGAUCAGUUCAAUAUGUUGGACAAUAGUAGACUACUGGUACCGUUUGAUUUCUAUUCGGUUAUGCUGUACGGACCGUUAACAUUCAGUAAGGAUGGCCGAUCCGAGACUAUGUUACCCAAUGCCMGGCACCGGGAUCAUUAUAAAAUGAUUGAAGUUUUCCAAAAAUACGGGUUAAGUGAGACAGAUAUCCAGGCCAUCAAACAUUUAUAUCAGUGUUAA